UCAAAUUCUGAAAAGUUUUGAAAAGUCCAUGCUUGCGACCGCUUUCAACCUGCGGUUGCCCCCCGACUCACUGUGGCGUCACAGUGCGCUAGCUUGACUGUAGCAAAUUAAAAAGCCACUGCCGCGCUAAACCAAACGCUGUCUGCACGUAGUCUAACGCUUUGGCUUAGUUUUCCACAAACCGUUAUCUUAAAUUUUUAACAAAUUCGUGUCAAGUCAGCUGCUGUCCUGCUGUCAGACACCAGGUCUCUCCAGCCCUUUUCUCAUUAAGUUGCUCUCUCACCCUGCAGCGCGCUAACGUACCAAAAUGUGACACAGGUUGAUUCAACGUGAGUCUGUCGUGCCGACAUAAUACGGCACGCAUGCCCAGCAGGCGUUCAGGACUGAGCCCAGGAACCUCACUGUGGGGAUGGGAGCCACAGCUGUGUUGAGGUGUGAGGUGCUGCGGGCCUCGGGGACUGUGCAGUGGGUGAAAGAUGGCCUCCUCCUGGGACCUGAGAGAAGCCUGCCAGGCUUUGAACGCUACAGCAUGAUUGGAAACCCCAAGAGAGGGCAGUAUCAUCUUCAGAUUGCAAAAGCCCAACUGGAGGAUGACGCCCCGUACGAGUGUCAGGCGGGUCGCUCUGAGGACAGCGAAGCAAUCAUUUCCAGCACAGCCUGGGUCAGCGUGCAAAUCCCUCCUUCCAAGCCAUACUUCGAGGUGGACAUGGCAACACCUUGGGUGGCGGGGAAGAAAUACACCGUCACCUGCGUCGCCCCUGAUGCAAAGCCUGUGGCGGAAAUCACACUUUUCAAAGAUGGAGUCGAGCUGACAGGUGCAGAGUCUUUCACCACGUCUGGCUCAAAGGAUAAGCUCCUGAACACGCGUGCUGAAGUAACGGUCACUGCUCUGAGCUCUGACAACGGGAGGCAGCUGGCAUGUCACGCCAACAACCCCGCCCCUUUCCGGCCUGUGGAGACCACAGUGACCAUGAGCGUGUACUUCCCGCCUCAGCCUCCAGUUAUUGUGGGUCUGGAGAGAGAGGAAGUCAGAGCAGGGAGAGUGCUCGUGUUGGAGUGCGUGUCUCAUGGUGGAAACCCCCUAGCCACUCUCCACUGGACCAAGAAUGGCGAGAUUCUGUCCAUGAUUUGGGAGGAGGACAUCGUGGUGCAGAAGUCCAGCAGCGCCCUCCGCCUGAAGAUCACCCCGGAGGACAACCAGGCAGUGCUGUGCUGCGAGUGCGUCAAUCUGGUGACCCGAUCCCCUCUGUCUGUGAGCCGCAAAAUCACCGUGCUCUUUGAGCCCGCGGAGGUGAAGCUGGUGGGUGAGCUCGCGGCCGUCGAGGGGGAGGACUUGAUUCUGAGCUGCUACGCCACCUCCAGUAAUCCCCCCGUCCAGAUCCGCUGGUGGCUGGGCUACAAGGAGCUCAACGCGUCCGCUGUCACCAUGGAAGAGGGAGACAAUGGUGGGAUGACAACCAUGUCCAACAUGACCCACAGGGUCUCCCGGGAGGAGGACGGGCUGGAACUCACCUGUGAGGCUUUCAACAAGGGCACACACUUCUCUAAGACGCAGGUCGAAAAAAUCAGCAUCUACUACCCCCCUCAAAAGAUAUGGCUCGAUGCUCCUCCUCAAGAUGACCCCCUUCCCUCAGGGACCAUGGUCCGCCUCAUCUGCUUCUCCACUGGGGGGAAUCCCACAGGGACUCUGACCUGGUUCAAGAACGGAAGGGUCGUGCCCAGUGCUCUGAAGCAGACGUCCUUUGAUCGGGGUGUGGCUCGCGAACUGGUCCUGGUCCUGACAGCGAGCGACAACCUGGCCACCUACCGCUGUGACGCCAAAAACGAGGCAAAGAAGACCAUCUCUGCCCACACGAAGCUCACGGUUCACUUUCCAGCUGUAAGUGUCACGAUCACAACCAAACAGAAGGAGCUACGUCGGGGCCAGACACUAACUCUGGAGUGUGAGUCUGGAAGCAGUAACCCCAAGGCUAGCAUCUCCUGGAGCUUGGGCGUGCUCAGGUUCCAGGGAGCAGAGCAGCCACCCAAGACGGCUCAGUUUGGUGGCGUGUCGGUGCGGAGCUCUCUGACCCUGAACCUGACUUCACAGCAUCACAACCAGAGGGUCAUUUGCCAGGCCUUCAGCCCAGCGCUAGCAGAGGGCACCAACACAUUUUUCAAACUAAAUGUGUUUUACCCACCAGAGUUCAGUCCGGAGCAGCCAUCGGAGGUCCAGGUGCUGGAGGAUGAAAUGGCAACCAUCCCGCUGCUGGUCUCAGCUAACCCGGAGGAGGUCUCCUGCAUCUGGCUGCACCGCAGGGAGAAGGUGGUCAAAGAGGGGGAUCUGAGGUACCACUGGCCAGACGACAACUCACUGGAGAUCAGGAAUGUGACAAGGAAAGAUGCCGGCGUUUACACAGUCAAGUGCACAAAUGACGAGGGUGUCGACCAGACCUCCAUCACGCUGGACGUUCAGUAUGCUCCCAGUGUCAAGGCAGAGAAAGACCCCGUGGUGGUGGAGCUGGGGGGAACUGCAGACCUGAUAUGUGUGGCGGAUGCCAACCCCGUUACUGACGGCAUGUUCUCCUGGAGCUUUCUGGGAGAAGGGGAGGUGGAGAUGGGAGAGGUGACUCAGGAAGACGAAUCUGGCCUCCUGACCAUCCAUGAUGUGACUCGGGCUCAUGCUGGCCUUUACCAGUGCACGGCCGAUAAUGGCAUAGCGCCUGCCGCCGCCGUGGGCGUGCAGCUGGUGGUGCAGUUCAAGCCGGAGCUUCGGAAAGGAGCCCAGUGGAGGAAGGUGGCGAGCAGAGGGGACGGCACCACCACAGCCGAGGUGGUGUGUCAGGCAGAAGGCAUUCCUCGCGUCGACUUCUCUUGGGAGAAAAACGGUGUUCGCAUGGACUUUGCAAACCCCAGGUACGAGGAGCGGACCGUGAGGGAGGGCUCCUUCCACACCAGUACAGUCCGGGUAGUCAAUGUGAGCGCAGCUCUGGACUACGCCGUGUUCAGCUGCACCGCUCGCAACUCACUCGGAGAAGACAAGCUAGACAUCCAGCUCGUCAGCACAAAUCAUCCAGAUCCUCCCACGUCGUUUCGGCAAGUCGACGCAACCCACGACUCGGUUACUCUGGAGUGGAUCCCUGGCUUCAAUGGCGGUUUGCGGCAGAGAUUUCGUAUCAGAUACCGUUGGGAUCAGUUGGCCAGUUUCCUCUACAUGGACGUCUUUCCUCCCAGAGCGACAACCUUCACUGUCACCGGCCUGCAGCCCACCACCACCUACAACUUCUCUGUCAAUGCCCUCAACGCGAUGGGAGAGAGUGAUUAUGCUGACAACAAUGCAGUACUGACCAUCACCACCAAGGAGACAUCUGCACUAGAAGUCCCAACAGAUGAUGACUCAGAUUCACAGAUUACCAGUGGGCUGCCGGCCUACUUGACGGUCGUGUUCACGGUGGUGUUUGGAGUCGUGCUGCUGUUGAAUUCACUGGGCUGCUACUUGGGAGUGCGGUGGAAGAAGAGGCGAGGCCCGACAGGGGGUAGAGGAGGCAGCGUGUUGGACGGAAAGAAGAAUAAGGAGGAGCGGUCCAGUCAGUCAACCGCCAGCAACUCCAAUAAGUAUGAGAGCCGAGAAAAGAUCAACGUGGCAGCCCAGCGAACCCUCCUCAUCGACUCCGGAUCCGAAACGGACAGCAAUGUCUACGAGAGCUACGGGGCGGAACGUUCCCAUCAUUAUUAUUACCCAGCUGGUGACUACAUGCCGCCUCUCCGUCCACACCCUGAGGAAAUACGCAGGCUGGACUCUCAGAGCCAUCUGUAUGAAGACGUAAGACACAGCGGCCUGUACCAGGACAUCCUGGCUUCCUCUCUCACUUCCCGUCCGCCCUUGUUUGACCACAGAUUGCCUCAUCAGUGGAAUGAGUGGAGAUCACCGACUCACCCUCAGCAGGGCGCCGAGAGAGCGAGGGAGUUCAUGGAUGUUCAACAGCCGCAGAGAGAUUCCGAUCUUCCCUUUGAACUACGAGGCGAAUUAGUCUAGAAAGAUCAGUUCAGAGCAAACAAAUACACUAUGACAAGGCUCGGGAUGCAGUUGUAUGGCAGAUAUUAGAUAGAGAGUGUUUUCUUCCUAUUUUUUUCUUUUUGGAUGAUGUCUAACAAGUCGCUUUGAAAAGAACUUGACAGUAGGAUGGAGAAUGCUUUCAAAUGUCAUAUAAUGCAAGUGUUUUGGAGUUUUGCUGUGUCUGUUGUCAUCACUGAACAAUUUCCUCUGAGGUCUGAGUUGAAUUAUGCUAAGGCACCGUAUACUAAAGCUGAACAAAACCAAUAAAUGACCUUGGAAAAAAAAAAAAAGA